UUCACCCCUGAUCAGAUUGAAGAAUUUAAGGAAGCGUUCUCACUCUUCGACCGGACUCCUAAAUCUGAGAUGAAAAUCACAUACGCACAAUGUGGAGAUGUCUUGAGAGCUUUGGGGCAGAAUCCAACCCAGGCUGAGGUCAUGAAAGUCCUUGGCAGACCCAAACAAGAAGACAUGAACUCCAAGAUGAUUGACUUUGAGACCUUCCUGCCCAUGCUACAACAUAUUGCCAAGACAAAAGACACAGGCACCUAUGAAGACUUUGUGGAGGGUCUGCGUGUGUUUGACAAGGAGGGAAAUGGAACUGUGAUGGGGGCUGAACUUCGCCAUGUUUUGGCUACCCUGGGUGAAAGAUUGACUGAAGAGGAAGUAGAUAAGCUAAUGGCUGGUCAGGAAGAUGCCAAUGGCUGUAUCAACUACGAAGCUUUUGUGAAGCAUAUCAUGGCUAACUGAUGCCAGGACAAGAUAAAUGUUGAGAACCCCAGAUGCUGGCCUUGGAUUUCGAUAUAAUGGAAUGUCUUCUCAUUUUUCAGCCCAGAUUCCCA